UAGGCGCGCGGGUUCCCGCUGGGCGGCUGAGCGGGCCAGGAUCGGGAUCAGGAUCGGUGCGGUGCCGCGGGGCCAGGGCCGGGCCGGGCUGCGGGGCGGGCAGGGACCGUGCAAGGUGCCAUUGGAGGUAGUGGACAGAUGGCGAAUGUGGCACAGGGUGCUGGGAGCCUCCCCAGCGCGGAGCUCUGGGCCUCCCACAGCAAGAUGCUGCUGGAGCCACUCGACACCAAUGACCCUGAGGUGUACAGCAUCAUCAAGAAGGAGAAGCAGCGGCAGAGGCUGGGGCUGGAGCUGAUUGCAUCAGAGAACUUUGCGAGCUGCGCAGUCCUGGAGGCGCUGGGAUCCUGCUUGAACAACAAAUACUCUGAGGGCUACCCUGGACAGAGGUACUAUGGUGGCACCGAGUUCGUAGAUGAGCUGGAAAGGCUGUGCCAGAAGCGAGCCCUGCAGGCGUUCCGGCUCGACCCCCAGAAGUGGGGUGUCAACGUCCAGCCCUACUCAGGGUCACCCGCUAACUUUGCGGUGUACACGGCCCUGGUGGAGCCCCAUGGCAGAAUCAUGGGGCUGGACCUGCCUGAUGGGGGCCAUCUAACCCACGGGUUCAUGACGGACAAGAAGAAGAUCUCUGCCACCUCUGUCUUCUUCGAGUCCAUGCCCUACAAGGUGAAUCCCAAGACUGGUUACAUUGACUACGACCGACUGGAGGAGAACGCCCGCCUGUUCCACCCCAAGCUGAUUAUAGCAGGUGUCAGUUGCUACUCACGCAACUUGGACUAUGCCCGCAUGCGAAAGAUUGCCGAUGCCAACAGCGCCUACCUCAUGGCCGACAUGGCCCACAUCAGCGGGCUGGUGGCUGCUGGCGUCGUGCCCUCACCAUUUGAACACUGCGACGUCGUCUCCACCACCACCCACAAGACCUUGCGGGGCUGCAGGGCUGGCAUGAUCUUCUAUCGCAAAGGCACCCGCAGCACGGACCCCAAGACAGGAAAGGAAACGCUCUAUAACCUGGAGAGCCUCAUCAACCAAGCAGUCUUCCCGGGGCUGCAGGGAGGGCCGCACAACCACGCCAUCGCAGGGAUCGCUGUGGCAUUGCAGCAGGCCAUGACUCCCGAGUUCAAGGCUUACCAGCAGCAGGUGGUGGCCAACUGCAAGACGCUGGCAGCAGCACUGAUGGAGCUGGGCUAUGACAUUGUCACGGGGGGCUCUGACAACCACCUCAUUCUCCUGGACCUGCGCAGCAGAGGCACUGACGGUGGCCGGGCCGAGCGGGUGCUGGAACUCUGCUCCAUCGCCUGCAACAAGAACACGUGCCCUGGUGAUGUCAGUGCCCUUCGUCCCAGCGGUCUGCGUUUCGGGACACCAGCUCUCACCUCCCGUGGCUUUCGGCAGGAUGAUUUCCGCAUGGUGGCCCGGUACAUCCACAGAGGCAUCGAGUUGACACUGCGUGUGCAGAAGGACAUGAGCCCCAAGGCCACGCUGAAGGAAUUCAAGGAGAAACUGGAGGAGGAGAAAUACCGAGGGGAGCUAAAGGCACUGAAGGAAGAGGUGGAGGCAUUCGCAGCAACCUUCCCACUCCCAGGACUGCCAGUCCUGUAA